UGUUUCACUUUAUCCUGGCGCAAUCUGUAACCAAAGGCGCCAAAAGCGUUGAGUGUAGGCCAAAAGCACCAACACCGUACAAAUCAAAUGCUUUCGACUGUUGUCAGAUUGUUUCCACGCAGACGAUUACUUUCAUCCAUUCCUGAUAAUAAAUACCGGUUACAGUUUGCAACGAGCUACUCCAAUAUAAGGAGUUUAUCAACAAUGCCAGAAUCUGACAUUAUCAUCGGUACUCACAGCGGAUGCUUUCACUGCGACGAAGCUCUUGCUUGUUAUAUGCUGAAGUUAUUACCACGCUACAAAAAUGCCUCCAUUAUUAGAACACGGGAUCCAAAGAUCUUGGAGACUUGCGACAUUGUUGUUGAUGUGGGAGGCGUAUAUGAUCCUUCUAAGCAUCGCUAUGAUCAUCACCAAAGGGAAUUCAAAGAAUCUAUAAGUACAGUGCUCAACAAGCCUGAGCUUGACUGUGAUAUCAAACUGAGCAGUGCUGGUCUUAUUUAUUGCCAUUUUGGUGAGGAAGUUAUUAAGGAACUAAUCCCAGGAGUAACAGAUGAGUGCGAUCGUCGUAACAUUUUCAAACGAGUAUACGAUACGCUGAUAAAGGAGGUUGAUGCCGUCGAUAACGGUGUCCCAAUGUUUGCUGGUGAACCAGUGUACCGGAUAAAUACAGGUUUGAGUUCACGAGUGGCGAGAUUGAACCCAGAAUGGAACGGUCCAGACAUGGAUCCUGAUAAGCAGUUUCAUAAAGCUAUGGCUCUUGUCGGCGAAGAAUUCCUUCACUUUAUCCAAUUUGCAGCUAAAAUUUGGUGGCCGGCGAGAUCGAUUGUACGAGACGCUAUUCUCAAAAGAUUUGAAGUACAUUCUAGCGGUGAAAUCAUCGAAUUAGCCCGAUCCCUUCCAUGGAAGGAACAUUUAUUCGAACUUGAAGAAGAACUAGGUAUUAAAGACGUUAUUAAGUACGUCAUCUUCAAAGACAAUAAUUACAGAAUUCAAGGGGUUCCCCUUACCUCUGGCAGCUUCGUAUGCAGGAUGUUCUUACCAGAGAAAUGGGCCGGCCUUCGGGACGAAGAAUUAUCUCGUGUAUCUGGUAUUGAUGACUGCAUAUUCGUGCACAGUGCUAGAUUCAUAGGUGGUAAUUUAACCAGAGAUGGUGCACUAGCAAUGGCAAAAAGUGCACUUGAAAUAGGCAAAUCAUUAGAUAAUUCUGAUUUGAAAAAUGUUGCAAAUGCAUAGUGGAAAUCUCAGAAUGUACGGUACAGUUUCGUUACAUCAUUUUAAAAUAAAAUUGUGAGUUCAUAUACACUAAAUAUAUGUAUAUGCCUUUAA